GGGAUAACGUGGAAGUGAACGAGAGCGUGGCGUGGUGAUGGUAGCAGUAGCUAGCUAGCAUGCUAACAGCUAACAACAAUGAACCGUAUUUGGCGCUCUAGCGGGCAAAAGUUUGGAUUUAAAGGGAAGGGUAGCUUAAUCGUAACUUCUCCUGUUUUAUAAAAAAUAUUGACGACACACAUGAGCUGUAGCAAGGUUUUUGACAGAACACCGACCAACAGACGGACUAUGUUCGGCUUUCACAAGUCAAAGAUUUACCGGAGUAACGACGGCUGUUGCAUUUGCAAGACCAAGUCCUCCAGUUCACGCUUCACAGACAGCAGCCGAUAUGAAGAGACAUUCAGGCUCUGCUUUGGACUGUCUGAAGAUCGUGUUGGAGACAUUUGCAAUGCCUGUGUUUUACUGGUAAAGAGGUGGAAGAAGUUGCCUCAUGGCUCCAAGAAGAACUGGAAUCAUGUGGUGGAUGCCAGAGCUGGACCAGGAUUCAAGGUGACGAAACCCAAGAAGAUCAAAAACAGCGAUGCGAAGAAGAAAAACAAGCUAAGGAAGCUUCACAAGCUAAAAAGACAAACAGACUCCGAUGCACAUAGCACAACAUCCAGUGUGUCUCCUGCUCAGUCUCCAAGUUACAGCAACCAGUCUGAUGAUGGCUCAGACAUCGAGUCCAAACAAAGACGGUCAACACCCUCAAUCUUCUCUUUCUUGGAUCGUUCCUACUGGAAAAGGCAAAAGGUGUGUUGUGGGAUCGUCUACAAAGGGCGAUUUGGAGAGGUGAUAAUUGAUCCUCGACUUUUCAAGCCGUGCUGCAGUUCCAAAAAACAGAAGACACUGGUGUCCACUCAAGUCCCCACACACCUUCCAGACUCCCUUCCUGCACAGCUCCCAGAAGACGUGAAAGAAGCUUGGUGAUUGCUUUUGUUGAAUUCCCCUGUAGGGUUAUCCAAGGCAUCCACCUGGAUUUGUCUCCAGUGGCAGACCUCUCAUUCCCAACCUAUUUAGAGGAGUUAGGUAUUUCUUUUCUACGUAAUAUUACUUUUUAUAUGGGUCUUUUUUUUACUUUUGUAUAGAAUUGGGUUUUUUUUAUAUAAAAGGAAAAAGGAAAAAAAAACAUCAGCAUUAGUUAUUUAUAGCAAAAGGAUGAUUUUUAUUUUAAAUUUCGUUGAUCUCAGUUCCUAAUUCUAAAAUGUUUUCAUUACUUUGUAUUAAGUGAUUGGCAUUGUGUAAAUAUUGUUACUUUUUCAUACAUAUCAAGACAGUUUUUUCCCCCCAUACUUUUGUCAGAUUGUAAGUGUGCAUAUGAAAGACACCAGCUAUUUCUAAAACCAGCUUCUUUGUAUAUGUUGGAUGGGCUGUUCAACAUGUUGCUGCAUUGUUUUGUCCUGUAGGUUUUCUAUUUCUACAAAGGGCUAUUGUGACACCAGGGAUCAUUAGUACAACUGUUAUCUAUUGUUGAGCUUUUAAUGUAUGUUUAUACAAACCAAUGAUCUGAAAGUUUCACAGCUUAAACAUGCCUUGAUUUUUGAAACACUCCUUUUUAUAUCUGUUCAUCAGUUUGUGCACGAUAGUCAAACGUACUUAGACCAUGAAUGCAGUACUUUUCUCUGCCUUUUUGGAAUAACAAGCAGAGCAUUUAUUUCUCGUGUACAGGCUCCAAUGAAGAAAACAGUGCAUGUUAUAAAUCAAAUUCUUUUGAAAUGGAUUAUGUAAAUAUGCUGUUUUGGCAUUUAGUAUAUUCAGACCUUUUUAAAUUACAGAUGUUAAACCACUACUACUACUUAAAUAUUCUUGUAAGUGUAAAAGGUGCUGAAAACAUUUGUGCUACAAGACAUUCAAAGUUGUAGCUUAUGCUUUGUAUAAAAGUAUUUGAGGCCGCAGGGAAAGUAGAUUUUUGCUAUUUCAGCAUGCUAUAAUAUUUCCAAUGUUUGUAUUUAUGACAUGCAGUGGUCAGAAACUGAGCAUACGGGAAAUGCAUCACAUGUUUUACAUUUUGACAGAGAAGUGCUGUUUGUAGUUGUCAUUGUUGAUCUAUCUUCAGAAGCAAUUGUUCAAACUAUGCAGACGUUUUGAAUGUGAGAAGUGCUCUGAGGCUGUGCCACUUAUCCUAUUGUAGUGUUAAGCGGCGGAUCCUUAUCCAACCAAAUUGGCUUGUAAAAAGCAUUCAUUAAUUCAGCAAUAAUUAGCUGUUUUACUAAUCAGAGUUCAUAAUCUCAAGGUUUUUCUGUUAACCUCAUUUCUAUAAUCUCAGAUUGCACAGUUUAGCUGUGGGUUAUACUGUAUCUAAAACCAAUACUGCAGUGGCAACCGUUACCUUUUUACCAAUCUCCAGCGUCAUGAAUUGACAGGCAAUACUCUGUAAAGUUACUUAAUAUAUUAACUUUUCUGAGGCGGGUAGAUAAAUGUUAAACUUGUUUUA